AGAAACAGGGCAUGGCCGGGAAUGGAGGAGGCGAUGGCAUUGGCACCGCGCGGCCUUGGUAUGUUCUCCCCGUGCUCGUACUGGCUGUGUUUGCGAUCUCCUCGGCGGGCGCGGUGACCAAGCUCAUGCGCGAUGCCGCGCCGGUGUCGUCGGCUGCAUGGAGGCUCGAGGCCACCGCCUUGAUCCUUCUCCCUGGAUUCGUCUGGCAGGGGCGCUGGCUUCCCAUCGAGCAGCGCCGCCGCGCGUACCAAUGCCAGGUCGUGUUAAGCGCAUUGGCUCUGGCUCUUCACUUUGGACUCUGGGUCUGGUCGCUGCUUCACACUUCUCUGCCGCAUAGUCUCCUCCUCGUCUCCAUGCCGCCCAUAAUUCUCGCGGUGGUCUCCUGGCUGCGUUGCCAGCCUUUGUCGCUUGGAGAAACUUUCGGGAUCAUCACGGGGCUUCUCGGCGUUGUGAUCAUCGCUGCAAUGUCCCGGGUGGAGAAUGACGCGGAAGUGACACUCGUCGGUGAUUGUGCUGCGUUUCUAGCAGCCUGUGCCUUUGUGAUCUACAUGGUUUCCGGGAGCCACCUGAGAGCUUGGAUGCCUCUCUACAUUUAUGUCUUUCCUGUCACGGCCGGAGCGUCCAUCUUUCUGAGCUUGUCUUGUGCUUUCGUGGAUGGAGAAACAGUCCCGGGAUACGUAAGCGGCCCUUUUGGCUGGUUCAACAAAGAGUUUUGGUUUCCAGUUGUUUUCCUGGCACUCGGCCCGGGAUUUGUAGGCCACACUGGCUUGAAUGCAGUCCUUAAGUACUGCAGUCCUCUUCUUGUCUCCAUGGCAGUAACGCUGGAGCCCGUCUUUGGAUCCGUCGUUGGCUGGCUGCUCGAUGUCUCUCCUCCUCCUGGAAUAUCUACGUGCAUAGGUGGAGCUCUUUUGGUGUUGGGAACGAUAUGGGUUACUUACGCGAGCCAGCCAAAAAAAUCCAUGCAAAGCGCUGUAGCCAACCAUCCCAUCGAUUCCCAGCCCUUGCUAAGUUCACUAACGAAGAACGAAGAACCAGUCUAAAACUCCAAUUGAAUCUUCAAACGGUAACUUCAUCACUAACAUUGUGCACAGAAGUGGACUAGUUUUGAGCUCGAAGCACUCGCAAUGGCAAGCUAAGUUGAUUUUCAUA